UAUUUAAGUUAUUAAUGAAAGUAAAAAUGUUUUAGUGAAAAAAAAAAAAAGUUGACAAAUAUUUAAGUAUUAGGUUAUUGAGUCAACUGCGUUAGCUUGAUUGUUAUUAAUAUAUUUUUAUCACCUAACAAUGUUUUUAGGACAAAUGGGAUGGGCUAUUAUUAAAUACCAUAGAUAAAAAAAUUUCUUUAUCAAUUUGCUCCAAAGAUUAAAUAUUUAUAUGCGGUAAAAAAAAAAAAAAAAAGACAAUUUGUGCAAGCUUUAAAUAAAUGGCAGUCACUAGAAUUUAUACUUUCUAAUGUAGCUUAGCUGAGUUAAUAUAUUUAUGAUUGCAUAUCAGAAGAUGUAAAGAAUAAAUAGCAAUAAGGAAAGAAACAUUUUUGUAAUAAGUGAGAAUUUGUUGUUGUAUGAUUGUGAGGAAAUGAAAAGAAAGACGAAAGAAACGGUACGUUGGUCAUUGAAUCCUUUUGUAUUCAAUGAAAUGUCUAAUAUUAUUAGUAUACUCGGUGUAUAUUAAAAGAUCAUUUAUAAAUACGCUUUGUAAUCGGUAGUGAUUAAAGUUUAUCUUGUCGGCUUAUUGUGAAGAGGAAAAUGUUUAACUUUAUGAAGAAAACCGCGGAGAAAGAUGAAAAAGAAAAACGAAAACGGGAAAAGAAGGAGCGUAAGGAUGUAAAAAAACGUGACAGAGGGAGUAUGUCUGCUGAAGAAUUGCUAAGACUUGACGAGGUACGGAGAUCAUUAAAAAUUCGAGGGCGUCGCAAGGAAAAGGAAAAACUGCCAAGUGGGAUAACAGCUGAUUACAGCGCCUCCUUUUUUGCCCAACUGGAUCGUAGCAAUCUAUUGGAAAAUUCGGGCUCGAACUCCAACACUAGCGGCGGUGCGAGUUGGACUCGCGUUGAUGGAUUGACCCAGAGCGAUUCAUCAGAGGCAUCGUUGACGUCUUUAACAAACGUAAGCAGCACGAGUGGUGGUAUGAGUGGGGUUGGAGGCGGUAAAAGUUUUCCGGCAUUGCCUCCUAAGCCCCCGAAACGAGGAAUCCUCAAAGGAUCGCGUAGCAAUAUUGCCAGUAUGAGUGGGACAAGUACUGAGGGCUCUAACGCAAUGUCUAAUGGAAAUGAAUGCGAAAACAAUCAUUCUGAUCCGAGUAACUUACUCGUGAGGAAUACGCUUCAAAAUGAAGUAAUUACUUAUCAAAAUCUUCCCUGUCAGCAGCAACAGCAACAGCAGCAGCAGCAGCAGCAGCAGCUGGAGAAAGAUGAGUUUUGCAGCGAAGAAGAGUCCUCGUCAAACUACUAUCACAACUAUAAUCAACAUCAUCACAAUCAGAGUGACUCGAAGCUUUUACAAGUAAUUACAAGUGCCAGCCCCUCUGCUGACUCAUUAACAGACACAACAAACUCAAGCUUCGCGACUCCACCCUUCAGUCUCUCCCCGGUUGGAGAGUCUCAGGGUUUUUCACGCUGGAGAUCCUCCAAUUCUUUUGAAGAGCAAGGGAUUCCUCUUCCAUUACCUCAAAUUAUUUCUCUGGUACUUCCCGAGCCUCGGGAGUUGACAAUCCAGCGGCAACUACCGCCAAGAAAUGAUUUUGGUUUUUCAUUACGCCGAGCGGUUAUAAUCGAUCGUACUUCGAGUGGCUCUACGCAAAAUAUCAAGUCCGUUAUAUUUGCCGAGCCCGGUGCUAUUGUUCAAAAUAAUAAUGAUACUGGCUUAUUGCCCGGCGAUCGAUUGAUUGAGGUCAAUGGUAUCAAUGUUGAUAAUAAAUCCCGAGAAGAAAUUAUUGAUCUUAUCAAAGGAUCUGGAACUAAUGUUGUUGUCAAGGUGCAACCAGUUGCUGAGUUGUCGGAAUUAUCACAGCGAGGAGGAUUAGAUGGUAGACAAAUAGAAUUAGCUGCUGCUAAUAUUCAAUGUGGAACCCUUCGACGGUCUGGUAGUUCACGAUUUCAUCAAAACACGGCAAGAAGUGAAAAACAUUUAGCUGAAGAACAAUCGUGGCUUGCAUCGGAACACGUGUGGCUUUUGCAUCGAGGUGGAUUUACAUUAGCAACAAGAUCAGAAGCCUCGGCUGAUCCCGAUACGGGUAAAUUGAGGAUAAAACUUGUUCCCGGUGGUGAAGAGCUUCUUGUAGACGAGGAAGAUGUGGAGAAGGCAAAUCCACCGCAGUUUGACAUGGUCGAAGAGCUCUCUCAACUGCGAUUUCUCAAUGAAUCUUCAGUACUGCACACGCUGAGACAGAGAUACGCAAAUAAUCUUAUUCAUACCUACGCUGGCGACAGCAUGGUAGUGAUUAAUCCUGUCGCGCCCCUGGCAAUCUACUCGGAAAAGGUAGUGCAUAUGUUCAAAGGCUGCAAAAAUGAAGAUAUGCCACCGCAUAUAUACGCAAUGGCACAAUCCGCCUACAGAGGAAUGCUUGCGACAAGAAGAGAUCAUUCACUCGUUUUUCUAGGUCGCAGCGGAGCUGGAAAAACAACAAACUUCAAACACGCCUUGCACUAUCUUAUUCUAGCUGCGGGGACUGUUAAUAAAAUACUUACUAUUGAGAAGUUGAAUGCCUUGUUUACGAUCCUUGAAGCCUUUGGGAACAGCAAAACGCAUAUGAAUUCCAAUGCGACCCGAUUCACACAAAUAUUCAGCUUAGACUUUGAUCAAUCUGGGCAAAUAGCUUCUGCGAGCAUUCAAGUUUUGCUGCUAGAAAAAUCACGAAUAGGAAGACGGAAUAACGGUGACCCGACUUUUCACAUUAUUUAUCGAUUGCUCGCUGGAGCAGAAGGACAAUUGCGUAAAGAAUUGUAUCUCGGUAAUUUGGUGACUGAAAAUAAUCCCUUUAUUACACCACUGCAGAAGCACGAAGAAAAACAACGCGCUGUUGUCGAUUUCAAUCGUAUUGUUGGAUCAUUUAAAAUAUUAGGACUGUCGGAAGCUGAUGAAAAAGUCAUCUGGACAGUUAUUGCGGGGAUAUAUCACUUGAGUUGUGCUGGUGCUGUAAAAACAAAUAUUAAUUCUCAAUCAAGCCGUUGGCAAUUCGCUCGAGCGGAGUGCGCUGAAAAAGCGGCCAAUCUUUUGGGCACGAGUGUCGAAGAACUCAGUAGAAUAAUAUUUUCUUCGAACGCCGACGGGAUUACAACAACUGCUGGUAGUGGUGGUGGUAGUAGAGGUUCUUUACGAGCGUCGAGUCCCACUGAUAGUGCUUCAAAUUAUUCAGGACUUGACGCCCUUGAGGGAUUUAUUGUCGGUCUUUAUACAGAAGUAUUACAUUGUGUUGCUUCGCUUAUCAAUAAAGUAAUAUCAUCUCCUGUCCACACGGUAUCCUCGCUUUUGCUUUGUGAUACACCUGGAUUUCAAAAUCCAGCCUCGUGUGGCCAUCAAACUGGUGCUAACUUUGAAGAUCUCUGUCAUAAUUAUUUACAAGAGCGUCUUCAAUUAUUAUUUCACUAUUCUAGCUUAGUAGCUCCGAAAAAUCGGUAUAUUCAAGAGGGAAUAAAUAUUGAACACGAUGAAGAUUAUGACGAAGAAAACAGUGGUGUUGGAUCACCACAAGAUCUUAUUUCGCUUGUUGACCGCGGACAGCAAAAUACUGCGACCAUGAUACGUUCAAGCCAAAAUGAUCUGACUGGUAGAUUUCAGGGAGAGAAAAAAGGACUUUUGUGGCUUCUUGAUGAAGAAGCUGUUUGCGCUGGAGGCAGCGAUGAAUCUUUUAUGGACCGGUUAUUUUCGUUGUACGGUGAUCGUGAUUACCAGCUUUUACUGAGAAAAGCUCCCGGUAAUAACCAAUUUGUUCUUCAGCAUUUGCAAGGGACCAAUCCAGUAUUGUACACUGCUACCGGAUGGUUAAAGGCCACUCGGGAAAAUCCAGUUACUAAAAGUGCCAUUAAUAUUUUACAAGAAAGCACGAGAGAGGAUGUCAAUAGACUUUUUGUUCAAGUACGAAGUACUGGAAUUACUGGAGCACUAAUGACUAGUUCCAUAUCCGGAUUAGAAGGCUCACAAUCAUUAAGAAGAGCUUCUAGUAUUCGACGAACAUUCACAACUGUUAAAAGGAAAAGCGCUUGUCUUCAAAUUAAAUUCACUGUUGAUGGAAUUAUUGAAACAUUGAGACGGACUCGUGUUAAAUUUGUCCACUGUUUAUUACCACAACACAAUUCAGGCUGCACUGAUAAAUCAUUUGUCACCAUGAAAUUACCGAAAAAUGAUAAUGGUGUUAUUAACGUUCCACUACUACGUUCACAAAUUCGUGGCGGGCAAAUAAUUGAUGCAAUGCGUCUUCACAAAGUCGGAUUUCCAAAGCAUUUACCACUCGGUGAAUUCAGGCGCCGCUUUGGAUUACUUUCUAGUGAUUAUGCGGCUAAUGUACGCUCAUCAAGUCCUGUCGAAGACGAACGUAGAGUUGUGGAAGACAUGCUAUUGACUAUGGACCUCGACGCUGCAUCUUACCGCGUUGGUCAGAGUCAGAUAUUUUUCAGAGCCGGUGCUUUAGAGCGACUUGAGUCUCAACGAGAUGAAAAGUUGACGGGCCAUAUUGUGCUUUUGCAAGCAAGAUGUCGAGGUUACUUGGCUCGUAAAAAACUCAAUACACUAAAGCUUCAAGAUUUGGCUGUAAGAUGCAUACAGCGAAAUGUAAGGAAGCUUAUGUCUGUUCGUGAGUGGCCUUGGUGGAGACUCUACGUAAAAGUAGCGCCUUUAUUAAAUGUCCAUCGCACCGAAGAUCAAUUGAAAGCACGAACGGAAGAGCUAGAGUUGUUAAGAGCUAAAGUUGAAAAAUUGGAACAAGAAAGAAAUCAUCUUAAGCACGACAAUGUUAAAUUGGAAGCUAAAUUAAGUGUAUUGACUGCUGACUACGCGGAGGAGCACUCGACCUCGACAUUGGCAGCUGAAAGAAUAGACGCCGAAACCUCAGAGCGACUUCGCUUGGAACGUCAACUCGAAGAUGUUACUGAGACAAAUAAAACGCUCCAGCAAACCACCGAAAGAUUGGAAAUGGAGCUACUCUAUGCGAGAGCUGCUGAUUUAAAUCAAAUUAAUCUUGAUGGAGAGGACAAUAAUCAAGAGGACGGCGGUAUCUAUAAACAGAGAUACGAACACGCUAUCCGUGAGCUGGAAUUUACCAAAAGAAAAAUGGCUCAACAGCAUGAGGAUGAUUUGGAGCAGCUUGUUGGUCUUAAAAAACAGCUGGAGAAAAAGCUUGCUGAUGCCUACGAGGAAGUCGAGGAGCAACGGCAGGUAGUCAGUCAGUGGAAACGAAGAGUCCAAAAACUUAAUGGCGAGAUGCAUGACUUACGACUGCUUCUUGAAGAACAGACUGCCCGUAAUAAUUUAUUGGAGAAAAAACAGCGGAAAUUUGAUUCUGAGACUCAGAAUCUUAUGGAUGAUUUAAGACAAGAAAAAGCACAACGGGAAAGAUUUUUACGUGAAAAAGAAAUAGCUGUCGCUGAAAAGUUCACUAUUGAACAAAAUUUAAGCGAUUGCAAACUAGAAAUGGAACUACAAGAAGAAAGACUGGCAACUUUAUCUCAAGAGCUGGAAGAAUUAAGUUACGGCGGUAAGACAGAAGAAGAAGUAAUGCAGCUGAAGAAAUCAAAGCACGAACUCGAGAAGAAAUGCAAAGAUCAAGAAGAAGAACUUGACGAUCUAGCAGGGCAAGUUCAAUUGCUCGAGCAAGCUAAAUUGCGUUUAGAAAUGAGCGUCGAGCAGCAGCGUAAGGAAAUGCGUAAAGAAAUUCAGCAGAAAGAUGACGAGCUGGAGGACAUUCGAGGGAAUGCUCACAAAAAAGUCAAAGCUCUGGAGUCUCAGUUGGAGAAUGAGCACGAGGAGCGGACAAUUUUAUUGAGGGAGAAGCACGAAUUGGAGAGACGGCUGGUGGCGUUUGAAGAGCAAGGUCGCAAUGAUCGCGCUGCGGAAGCUGAUGUAACUCAGCGAUUGAAGAGAGAUCUUCGGAGAACUCGGGCGCUUUUGCGCGACGCUCAGACAAUGCUUGAACGGUCUAAGAGCGACGCGACGGGCAAAGUGGCGUUAAGACAAUUGAAAAAUCAAUUAGAAGACGCUCAGUGUGCUCAAGCGGUGGCUGUUAAAGCCAAGCAAGCGCUCGAACAAGAAUUAAACGAGACUCAAGCGGCAUUGGAUGAAGUUUCUCGGAGCAAGUCUGAAGCAGAGGAUCGUGCUAAUGCCGCAAAUCGCGAGCGUACUGAGUUAAUAUCACAGCUCGAAGAAAAUGAAGAAGAGUUGGCACAAGUUUUGAAGAAGUACCGCACGACAGUGCAACAACUUUCUACGGAGCAAGCUGCAUUGCAGGAAGCUCAGGUACAAAUAGCUGCGCUCGAAGCUGAAAAAUCCUCACUAAAAGACCAGCUGAUGGAACUCAGCCAGCGACUCGAGUCGGUCGAGCAACUUGGCGAUCCUACAGCUAACAGUCUCGUUACUCGGCGACUCGAAUUUCGUGUAAAGGAGCUUGAAAGCAAGCUAGAUCUAGAGCAAACGACUCGCGCGAGACUAGAGACUCAGAUUACACGGUUAAAAGAGAAUGUUGAUAAGCUGCAAACCGAGUCCGCGUUGCUCAGAACAAAGGAACAGACUGCUCAGGACACUGCCAGAAGACUGCAAAGGUCUUUAAGGGAAGCCAAAGAGGAAGCCACUUGCGCGGUCGCAAGGGAACAAGAGUCUACUCGUGUGAGACGAGAUCUUGAAAAGGCUCUUGAAACCGCCGAAGCUGAAACUAAAUUAGCUCGAGAUGAUCUCAGGCUCGCUCUACAACGAAUCGAUGAUCUACAAAGCGCAAUACAAGGCGAGCUAGAUUUAGAUUGCAGUGAGGAGGCUUCCACUACUACCGACAAUAACAGCAGUGACAGCGAAUAAAAUUAAUCGGUCGUCAUUUUUAAUUCAAGUACAAUAUUAUUAAUAAUAACUCAAAGGAAGAAUAUUUAUAAAAAAAUUAACUGCUAUAAUAAUGAUAAAAAAAAUUAUGCAUUUUUUAAAAAUUAUUUUUCAAUCUUUGCGCGAGAUUUUUUUUCUUAGGCUUUAAAUAAUAAUUAGCUUCUUAUUUAUUUGAAUGAUCAUGCAUUUUUUUUCUUUGAAAGUUUUUUAUGUAAAGGAGAAAAAAUUGCUUUAUUUAUUUACUCGCCCGUUGACUCAACGAAAUAAUUAAUGUCAGGUGAGCGUUGUUCAAUUAAAGACUUGAUUUAAAAAAUGUGUACUUUAAAAUAAUUAUAUUUUAUUGAAGAAAUUUUUUAACUAUGCAUCAAAUCAAUUACAAUAGUUUAGAAAAAAAUUUAUUGAUUUGUUUUUGAUGUUGUAGAUUAAAAAGGAAAUAUUUAAUUAUUUUUUCUCCUUGUAAUUAUGAAAAAAAAUAUAAAAUGUACGAAUUUAUACUUUGAUAAUUAUCUUUACAUAAAUAAGUUCCUUAUGUAACAAAUGUUGAAAAUCUGACUAGUAGUUAAAACAAAGUAAUAAAAUAAUUGUUUAAAUAUCUAUUAUUUAAUUUAACAAGAUAAAUUCUAUCUAAGUUAUUGCUUUGUAUAAUGCAUAUCUUAUUUAAUUAUUCAUUAUUGUAUUUUACUGUUAAUGCAUUCCUUAAUAAAAAAAAUCAAUAAUUAAACC